GCUGCCACUGCCACUGCUGCUGCUGUCGCGGCUGCAGCUUCCCGGGCAUCUUGCGAGGGGGAAUUGGAACCGGAGCCCCAAGGCAGGAGCGAGGCAGUGAGGAGACGGGGAAGGGAGAGCCGGAGGAAGGGGGGACGGCGGCGGCGGCUGCGGGAGGGGGGGGGCAGAGACUCUUUCACUUUUUGGAUUUCCCCGAGUUCCCCCUCCCACUCCGCGCGCGCACACACCCCCCCUUUUUUCCUGUGAGCCUGGGGAACUUGCAGCUCAAAGCCAGCCACCCCCACGGCAACAUGUACCCCAGCAACAGGAAGAAAAAGGUGUGGAAAGAGGAGAAAGAGCGUUUACUGAAGAUGACCUUGGAAGAGAGACGAAAAGAAUACGUGAGGGAUUAUGUUCCUUUGAAAGACAUUCCAUCAUGGAAGGAAGAAAUGAAGAGCAAAAGCCAGAAUGAUGAUGAAAGUGCCCAGGAAGUUUCACAAGUGAAGAAAAAUUUGAGUGAAAAAGUUUCGCUCUAUAGAGGUGACAUCACAUUACUUGAGAUUGAUGCCAUAGUCAAUGCAGCAAAUGCCAGCCUUCUUGGAGGAGGAGGGGUCGAUGGCUGUAUUCAUAGAGCAGCUGGUCCCUGUCUGGUUGCUGAAUGCCGUAAUCUGAGUGGCUGUGAGACUGGUCAAGCUAAGAUCACAUGUGGAUAUGACCUGCCAGCAAAAUAUGUCAUCCACACAGUGGGACCCAUAGCCAGGGGUCACAUCAAUGAUUCCCAUAAAGAAGAUCUCGCGAAUUGCUAUAAAUCUUCUCUGAAGUUGGCAAAAGAAAAUAACAUCAGAUCAAUUGCAUUCCCCUGCAUUUCCACAGGAAUUUAUGGAUUUCCAAAUGAGCCAGCUGCAGCCAUAGCCCUAACCACCAUCAAGGAAUGGCUGAACAGGAAUCAUCAUGAGAUGGACCGGAUCAUCUUUUGUGUCUUCUUGGAAGUUGACUUCAAAAUUUUCAAGAAGAAAAUGAGUGAAUAUUUCCCUAUAGAGGGAUUAGAAGCAAAGGGCCUCUCUCCUCCUCCCAAGAAGAGCAAAGCAAAGAAGUCAGAAAGUGUGAAAGAGUCUAAUGAGGAUGAGAAUGGCACAGAAGAGAAGUUAAACUCAGAGGAAAUGGAAGUCCACAGGCAAGGGGCAGAUGAGGUACAGCCGACUACCGCACCCAGCCCUUCAUCAGAAGAAGCUGUUGAAGCCAGCAAGGAUAAAGAUGCCAGUGUUAUACAAGAAGAUGACAUCACCCAUGGCUCAGUGCAUGACCAAGAUCCUGCUGAAGGACAUGAUGAUGACUCAAUGAAGAAUGAAAUGAAAAUGGAGAUCGAAUCCCAGAGCUCAUACAUGGAAACAGAAGAACCUUUCUCAAACCAAGAAGAUGCCCCAAUUGUGCCGAAACCUGAAGUUACUGCAACCACUGAUGACAAAGAAGAAAAAGAAAAUGAAAAAGAAGGAGCAGUGCGAGAAGGGAAGCCAUCUGCAGAGCAAGUGGGUUCUGGCGAUGCCUGCCCUGUGGAAAAUGCUACCUAUGCCGAUGUUGAAAUGAGUAGUCAGGAUGAAAGUGACCCAACAGAGAGUCAACAAGACGAUGAUCUCUAAUAGAUAAACAUGAUGAGGCAAAAGAAUGAAAUGACAUGACGGCCCUUGGCAAUGUGUGGCAUCUGAUGGCAUCGGUGAAGUGGAGGCUGACAUGACACCAAAUGGUGUCAAUGAGAGCUAGGGGUGGG